AUGGUCUCUGGCGCCGGCCGCUCCGGUUGCUCCACGACAGCUGCGCCCUCUCGUACAUACUCUUAUACACACUCCGUACUCCAUACUUUGUGCUACAUAGAAAACUCGUGUAUUUCUGCCCACCUGGGCACUUCCUAUAUUUUCCCUGUUUGUUGUCCAGGCUACAUCAUCGUUAUCGCCUAUCGUGAUCUUACUAAGUCCCAGCGGACUCCGACCUCCGACCUGUGCCUACCUACUCACAUUGACCUCUCCCACACACACACACUCCAUCCCAUCAUGUCGAACGCAACUCAAAACAAAGAGCCCACAGAGCAACCCCCUACCAAGCCCCAAGUGCUGGAGGAAGACGACGAAUUCGAGGACUUCCCCAUUGAAGACUGGCCCCAAGAAGAAGCCGAGCAGACCACCGGAUCGGCAGCAAAUGGCGGAAGCGAACACCUGUGGGAGGAGAGCUGGGAUGAUGAUGAUGCCGCAGAGGACUUCUCCAAGCAGCUCCAGUGCGUACCUUCGCGUCUUUGA